GCCAGGAGGGACACGGAUCUGUGCUAGGCUCUGCGCUCCAGCGCUGCCGUCGGGGCUCAGACUGUGGAUGGCCGCUGAGCAGGGAGGUUGGCCGGCCGGGGCGGGGAGCGGUGGAUCACUGGGCGGCAAGCUAGAGUCAGGGACCUGUCCCAUCUCCAGGCUGCUAGCGCAAAGUGAAGGGUGGAUGUGAUUGUGAGGGGGCGGGGAGCCUACGCCCCCUAGGCCGAGUUCCUGCCCAGUUGAGACGGCCCCUACAUCGAGCCCCCGGCGGACAUGCUCGACAUGAAGCGGCAGAACGUGCGCACCGCGUCUCUCAUCCUCUGCACCUUCUCCUACCUGCUGGUGGGCGCCGCCGUGUUCGACGCGCUCGAGUCGGAGGCAGAGAGCGCCCGGAAGCGGCUCCUGGAGCAGAAGCGCAGCGAGUUUCGCAGGAAAUAUCGUUUCUCGCCGGAGGACUACCGAGAGCUGGAGCGCCUGGUGCUGCAGGCGGAGCCGCAUCGUGCCGGCCGCCAGUGGAAGUUUGCCGGCUCCUUCUACUUCGCCAUCACGGUCAUUACCACCAUCGGGUACGGCCACGCGGCCCCAGGCACAGAUGCGGGUAAGAUUUUCUGCAUGUUCUACGCCAUCCUGGGCAUUCCCCUGACAUUGGUCACAUUCCAGAGCUUGGGCGAGCGCAUGAAUGUGUUGGUUCGAAAACUGCUUCAGCGUCUGAAACGCUGCGUGGGGCUGCGGAGGACACAGGUGUCCACGGAGAAUAUGGUGGCCGUGGGGCUGCUGUCAUGCGUAGGCACGCUGGCCGUGGGGGCUGCCGCCUUCUCCCACUUCGAAGGUUGGACCUUCUUCCAUGCCUACUACUACUGCUUUAUCACACUCACCACCAUUGGCUUCGGUGACUUCGUGGCCCUGCAGCGAGAUGAGGCUCUGCACAAGCGGCCGCCCUACGUAGCCUUCAGCUUCCUCUAUAUCUUGCUGGGACUGACGGUCAUCGGCGCCUUCCUCAACCUCGUGGUUUUGCGCUUCCUCACUCUCAACGUGGAGGACGAGCGACGAGACGCAGAGGGCCGGGCCUCACUGCGCCGAGUCAGACCUGGGGACCCCUUGAGGAUGCAGCCGCCACCGCUGCAGGAGGUCGCCCACUGCCACUCCGGGCCUUCCCCGGAUCCCACCGCUUUUCCAUGCCUCGGGGCCCGGAGCUGCAGCCGUCUGAAGCUGAUUCGGGCCCCUGUUGCACCGGCUUCUCUGGCCGCUGUGACCGCAUCCCAAAGCCAUCCUGAGACGCCUCCGCCGAGCUGUCAUUCCAACCCAGUCUACUUCGGCUCCAUCUCCUAUCGGAUUGACCAGUUGGCUCUGGGUGCCAGGGACAACCUCGGCUUCUCGCCUCCUGGGAGCACCACAUCCUCGGGCAGUGCAGUUGGCAGGGUCCUGACCAGACGGAAAUCCGUCUGAAUUGGGAAAAGAGGCCAACCUGGGAGCCCAAGAAGGGGACCAGAAGCUGACUGUUUCUGGUGUGACCUUGGGCAGCACUCUCUUCUCCGAAAUUGAUACCUCAUCUAUAAAAACAAGGGGGUUGUACUAAAGUCAUAAAACACAUUUAGAAGUGGAAGGGACCUUAGAGGGGAGCAAGUACAAUGCCCUCAUUUUACAGGUGAAGAAACUGAGGCUUAUAGAGGUUGAGGGACUUGUCUAAGGUCACACACGGAUUUAAUAACCUAGCAAGGACUCAAAUCUGGGUCUUCUCACUCAUAUACAUUUUAUUCAUUUAUUUUAACAUUUUGUUUUUAAAAUUUUGAUUUCCAAAUUCUUUCUCUCUCAACCAACCAACUGAGAAGGAAAACUGAUAUCAAUUAUACAUAUGAAGUCAUACAAAACCUUUAAAAAUAUCUACUUAAUUUUAUUAUUCAUUUUUGAAAUUAUGAAUUGAUCUCAUUCUAAAUUCAGUGUUCUUCCCACUAAGGAGUCAUGCUGACUAAGGUGUAGUCCAGUUCUAUUAUUGUAUGUACUAUGCUUAGUCAUUCAUUCUGUGAUCUUGUAGAUAUCUCUUAACUUUUUUUUUUUUAAACCAGCCCAUUUUCAGUUGAACCUGCCUCUUGCCAGGCUGGCUAGUAAAUGUUUGCAAGGCUACUUAGGCCCUGCUCAACCAGCCCUGUGAGAAUCCCAUAGCUAGGGAUCCUGCCAAUAUCAUAUCAAGCCCCAAUUAAAUUCAACAAAACUUAUUAGAUAACUUCUAUAUAUGAUGCACUGUGCUAGGUGUAAAGAAAAAUAAUUAAACAUUGACCUUGCCCUCAAGAAGCUUGUAUUCUACUGGGGAAUAUACCAGAUAAACAGAUAAAUAAAUGCAAUUUGAGGAGGCAAAGGGCCCUAUAACUAAGAACCCUAACAGCUUGGAGGUAUUUAUUUUAGACACCACCUGAUCACACAAAAAUUGGUGGUAUUGUUGAAAUAACAUAGAAAUAAAGGCAGAUUCUAGUCCCAGUUUGUGCCCCACACUCCUGAAGACACUUCCCUUUUCUUCAGUUAGUUUCUCCUUCAGAAAAAUAGACUUUUAGGAUUUUUGACCUCUGAUACAAAUUUCAGCACAAAGACUAGAGGACUACUAAGGAAUCAGAAAUUCUGGGUGUUUUGCCACUUUGGGUAAAUCACUUACAGUCAUUGAGGCUCAAUUUCUUUAAACAUCUACAAAAAUGGGAAUAACAGCUGAAAGUUGCCUCUGUUAGCUUCAGUUUCCUCACCUUUAUUAAAGUGAGAAUAAUAAAACCUUCCCUACGGGCCUCAUUGGACUGCUGUAAGGAUCCAGUCCAGAAUCAUAGAUGUAGAAAUACUUUGUAAACCAGAGAGCUUUGUAUAGAUGGGAGUGAGAGUUCUCGUUAUUAUACAUUCAUCUGGGGUGCUGGGAAGCCAAUGGGGAUAUUUGAAGGAGAAUUUGGGGACAAAGAGAAGGGAGAGACAAAGUAUUUGGAUUGAUGUUGGGCGGAUGACUGGUUAGCUGACAGAGAGGAGGAUGCAUAUAUCUCAGAUCUAGUGUGGCAAGGAGCCUGCCAUCUGGUGAUGAUGCCACUGAUACAUGCCCCCUGGAGGGUACAGAUGAGGCUUCUGAGAUCUGGUUUUAUGCCUAGUCCUGGGCUCUGCCCAUCUCAGAUUCCUGAACUGUUUGAAUCCUCCUUUGGAUUGAAAGUUAAUUUCUAGAGUUGAUAUUUUCUCUCUCUAUUUGCUACAUCUAAGCCUCAGCUGCCACUGUUGCUGAAAAGGAGCCUUGCUGGCAUAGAGAAGAGGCCAUGCCUGGCUUUGUGUUCUAUAGAAUGGACGAUGCCUUCAAGAUGUGGGGCUUGGAUUCAUGGAGGGCAAAUCUAACUGGGGAUAGAGAAGAACUGAUCUAUGCAGUGGAGGAAAUGAACUGGAUUUUGCACAGGGCUCUUCUGAUAGCAUGUGGAUUCCAUCAGAGGCUAGACAUAUAGAGACUGGCCCUAAAUACCAAAGCACUAUGUUGUGGAAAAAGCACCAUGCUGGGAAUCAGUCAGGGAACCUAGUUUUUAAAGAAUUGGCUUUGUCACUAAUUUGUUGUGUGACCUUGGGUAAGUACUUUCCCUCUCUGGCUUUCUUGUCUCUACCUCAAUGAGAGUGUAUUGUCACUAAGGUUGAAUCAAGCUCGGAAAUUUUGUUACUUACCAUAUGAUCUGGGGGAUCAGGCCAUUCCUUCUUCUCUUGAAAGUAUAAUUCAGUUCCUAUUACCCUUGAGGAAAACCACAUUGGUCUAGCUGAUGAGAAUCUUACUGGGGAACUCCCUUUAUGUUUUGUGGUUUAUAGAGAAGAGAUCAUGGUAUUUGGAGCUCGUUCACAUCUUGUAAAAGAGAUACCAGGGAGGUUAAUCUGGCCUCUUCCAUGUUAUCUCUUGGGGCUUGUCAGGCAACAAGCAUUUAUCAAUCAUCUCCUAUGUAUCCAGCACUGUCCUGAGCACUGGAGAUACAAAGAGAGACAGACACAAUCUCUGCCCUCACGAAGCUCACAGGCUAAUGGGGAGACAACCUGCAAACAACUAUGUACAAGCGAGAUACGUACAGGAUAAUAUCAAGGUCUUCCCAGAGGGAAGGCACUAGUAUUCAGGAGGACCAAGAAAGACCUCUUACAAAAGACGGGAUUUUAGCUGAGGUUUGAAUGAAGCCUUUUGAUGGAGGCAGGGUGGAUAAGGAUUCCAGGAAAGGAGGACAGACAGUAAAAAUGUAGCAGAGUUAGAGUGUCACAGAAUUGAAGACUAUCUGGAGGUAGUAAAAGAUCUAAGAAGACCAGAAAGGGAGACAACUGGGUUUCUCAGUAGAUUGAGAGUCAGGCCCAGAGAUGGGAGGUCCUGGAUUCAAAUUUGGCCUCAAAAACUUCCUAGCUGGGUGAUCCUGAGCAAGUCACUCUUCUGCCUUGGAACUGAUAAUUGUAUUGAUUCUGAGAUGGAAGGUUAGGGUUUUUUUUUUUUUAACUGAAAAACUUUAAAUUUUAAAUUAAAAAAGAGGACCAAAAAGGUAAGGGAGGAUAAAUUAUGAAGGACAUUAAAAACCAAAUAAAUGAUUAUAUAUUUGAUCCAAGAAGUAAUAGAAUCUGUCAUAUAGAACCCUGGGCCCAAAGGAGGUGAGGGUGGGAUGCUGAUAUUCUGUCUCAUUCUCCUGGUGGCAAAAGCUGAAAACAGUCUUUCUAGCUUGAACCUAGAUCUGGUGCUCCCAGGCUGUCAACUCAUUGAAUCCUGAUCCUGAUCAAACCUAAUGAAAUGAAAUGUUAGAACUGGAAAACUAUGCAAUCUAACUCUGUGCCCCAUCCUGCCCUUGCUUUCCUCACCCCCACCAUUUUACAGCUAAGGAAACCAAGGCCUCAAGAGAGAAAUGAUUUGCCUGAAGUAACAUGGCAAGUUAGCGGUAGAGCAUGGGCUAAAAUAGGGUCUCUUGGGGGCAGCUGGGUAGCUCAGUGGAUUGAGAGCCAGGCCUAGAGAGGGGAGGUCCUAGGUUCAAAUCUGGCCUCAGAAACUUCCCAGCUGUGUGACCCUGGGUUUGAUCGCCAUUGCUUAGCCCUUACUUCUCUUCUGCCUUGGAGCCAAUGCAUAGUAUUGACUCCAAGACAGAAGGUAAGGGUUUUUUAAAAAAAUAAAAAUAAAAAAAAUAAAAUGGGAUCUCUUGAUUGACAAUUAGGCCCACUUCCCCAUUACAUCAUGCUGAAUAAUGUUUUGUUUGUAAGCAUGAGUUAAACUGAAGGUAUGUUAAAGUAUGGUGUGGGGGGAAAACAGUGAAGAUAUGCCUGGAAUAUCAUCCAUCCUUCUCUUUCUUUCACACUUGUUCAAGUCUCACCUCUUCCCCAGGAGCCCACCUUGAUUAUCACAGAGAUCACACUUCCCUUCAAGUUUCUAAAACACUCAACUGUAAUUGCUGGAUGUUUCUGCUUUGAUCAUCCCCACUUCUACUGUUUUAGACUGCAGGCUUCUAGAGGGCCAGGCUAAUUCAUAAUUUGUGAAGGAGACACUAGGGAUGUUAACGCUGGCCUCCUCCAUGUUAUCUCUUAGAGCUUGUCAGUUAACAAGCAUUUAUUAAUCACCUCCUAUGAAAAGAGUUUUGGAAUCUUAGUAAAUUGGCCUUUUAGUUUGAAGGAAGUGGGGAUGUUUAGUUUGUAGUAAACACUCAGGGGGAGCAUGAUAGCUGUCUUCCAUUAUUUGAAGGGCUACCAUGGGGAGAAGAAUUAGAUUUGUUCUUUUGGGCUUCAGAGGACACAAUUAAGAGCAAUGGGUGAAAGUCAUGAGAAGGCAAAUUUAGGCUUAAUAUCAGGAAAAAUUUCAUAACCAUUUCUUGUUCUUAGUCAUGUCCAAUUCUCCAUGACCCCAUUUGGGGUUUUCCUUGGCAAAGAUACUAGAGUGAUUUGCCAUUUCUUUCUCCAGCUCAUUUAAACAGAUGAGGAAACCGAAACAAACAAGGCAAAAUUAAUUGCUCAGGGUCACACAGCUAGUAAGUGUCUGAGGCCACAUUUGAACUCAUGAAGAUGAGUCUUCCUGACUCCAGGUCUGGCUUUCUGUCCAUGGUGCCACCUAAGUGGAAUGGGAUGCUUUGAAAAGAGAUGGGUGACCUGUACAUGGAGAGCACAGAGUAGAGGACCAUUUGUUGGGAAUAUUAUCAUAGGGAUUCCUUGCACGGAUGGGUUGACCUGGAUGAGUAUUACAUCUCUUAAAUUCAGUGAUUUCAGGCUCUUUUAAAAGGUCUCCAGAAUACUAGUAGGUCUUAUCAUUUUCACCAGUGAUUUCUGAGGCUAACAUAUCACACAUCAUAUGAAGAGAAAUUGAAGGAAUUGGGGAUGUUUAACCUGGAGAAGAGAUUUAGGUAGGAAGCAAUAGUUGUGUUCGGGUAUCUGAGAAGCUGUCUUUUGGAAGAGGGACUAAUCUUGUGCUUGAGGCAGACAGAGGGAUGAUAUCUGGAAAUGGUUCCUAAAAGUAGGUCUGUCCAAAAGUGGAAGGGGCUGCUUGGGUGGUGUGGAGAUUUCUAUGUAUUGGAGGUUUCCAGCAGAGGCAGCAAUUUAUCUGGCAUAUUGUAGAAGAUUUAUUCUCAUUUGGUUAUACAUUGGACUCUGAGGUGAGGCAGAAGGUCUGGGUUUGAAUCCCAGUUUGCCAAUUCCUACCAUUGUGACUUUGGGGAAGUCUCAUCUUUGAGCCUCAGUUUCUUCAGCUGUAAAAUGAGGAGGCUGUCAUAUAUUUCCUAGCUGUGCAACCUUGGGCAAGUCACUGAACCCUGUUUGCCUAGCCCUUGUCCUUCUUAGAGUUGUUACAAAGAGAGAAAGUAAGGGUUUUAAAAAAUGAGAAGAUUGGAUUUGGUGGUUUCCAUGGUUCUGCCUUUUAUGUUUCUUAAACAAGUCCUCAGUAAGUGCUUGAGGUAUUAGCUGAAGGAACUUGGCUCCCAGGAAAACAGAGAAGGAAGGAUGAAAUCCUCAGGGAUAUGGAGAGCUCUGCCUCAGACUUAUAAACACUCAAACAUCACACUGGGCUCCGAGUUAGGCUGGACCAGGUCAGGUUAUUGGUAAAUUCCAAGGAGAUUGAGUCAUUUUUAGGGUUCAGGGUGAUUGUAAUGGCAUGAUGUUGUCUGAGAAUGGGUUGAGUUGACUUUUUUGACUGGAGGGGCUCCUCACUGUGGAAUGCUGCAAUGAAGGUUGCUGGAUUCAAGUUCUGACUGCCUGCUUAGUGACCAUGGACAUGGGACUUAAUUUUGCUGAUCCUCAGUUUUCUUAGCUGCAAAUGGAGAUAAUUAUGUCUGCCCUGCUGACCUCAUAGGAUGAUUAUGAAAUUCAAAUGAGAAUGUGUUAAGUGCUUUGUAAACUGUAAGGUAUUAUACAAAUGUGUGAGCGAUUAUUAUUUUCCAAGUUCCCAACACAUACAUCUCUCUUGGGCUGGAGGAGUAAGUUCAAUCCCUCAGUACGCCUUCUUUCCUUCCAGAGAUCACCAGCACACUUCUGUCUCAUGCCAUGGAUUUGGUGAUGAGCACAUUGUACUGGGAAUUAGAAGUGCUUGGGUUCUAGGCCCAGCUCUGCCGCUAAGGUGCUUCUGGACCUUUGUAUGGGCCUCAGUUUCCCCUAUAUAAAAUGAAUAUGAUAACAGCUACUCCAUUCCGCCUAGAGUUGAAAUGAGAAGGGAAUGCAUUUUAUGUGCAAGGACUUUGGGGCUCUUAACAGCAAUAUGGACUCUGUUUGAAAAGUCCCCAGUCCUGAAACCUGAUAUUUGCCACAGGAUGUUGGCCAAUACUUACAUCAUAAUUCUGUGGCAAACUAGCCUAUGGACAUAGCAUAGGAGAUGAGGGAAUGGGCUUUAGCUCUUUGACCCCUUUUGAUUUAUGUUGAGUAUUCAUUCCUAGAAUAAAUAACACAGUGUAGAUUGGACUGGGAAUCAAGAUAAAGGGUUCUAGUCCCAUUUAUGCCAUGA